AUGACGCCAACGGUUCUCUCCUCAGCUUCGCCAACCGAGCUGCUCCAUUACAUCGUCACAUUCCAAGCACAUCCGACCACUAUCAUCAUUGGCUGUCCCGAAGAGGAAUUCGUCUCGUCAGUAACAGCAGACAUCAAGAGCCAGGUCACUGAAGAACGACUCGAGCGCUGGGAAGCACAUCUGGACCAAGAUCCUCCGCAUCCUCUCCUCGGAGCGCCGCUUUUUCGGGAGGUCAUCGCUCGUCACAUCCGCCUCAUCUUCGUUCCGACCGUCGCCCAUCUUCGCGCCAAUUUAUCCGUCUUCUCCCCUGCGGACUCCUCGAUACCACCUCCUCCAAACCCUCCUCUGCCAUCGAAUAAGCAGAAACUCCCUUUACUUCUCAUCUACGGAUUCCUUGAUCUUCACCGGGACAGCAGUGAAUGGAGUGCGCAAGGCAUUGGCAGCUCAGCCGCCGUGCUGGUCGAAGCAGCUCAGCGGACCCAGUUCAAACCAAUCAUCGUGGAACCCAAGGGCGCAGGAGGUCACCAGGAUUUCAAGGCUCUCCUGCGAGAAGACGCCCCAGUGCUGAGUGGGAGCUUGAGAAGGGAUGAGGGCGGAUGGACUGGGAGGACGGUGCAUGUGAAAAGAGUGCUGGGUCGCUGGUUCCGAUUCCAAACAGGCUAUUGGGACAUUCAAUGGCCAGAAGAGAAACCCCAAGACCAACACUGA